CUGAUUGAAUAUAAUAAAGCUUUAGCGUUUAAUUAUAAAACUGAGAGAGCUAAGUAUCUCUGUUUAAUAAAUAUCUACUGUAUAUAAGUGGCCUAUCGAAUGAGCAUUGCAGCCGAACAAUCAAUCGGGAACAUUGACGACAAGAACAAUGGCAUAAGAUAUCAACUGAAUAUAAUAUACCAUAUGGAUCAUUCUGUUUGCUGUACAUGUUUUUUCUUUUCAGUCUUUAGUCUUCAAAAGUUGAAGAAAGACUAGUAUGAAAGUUGGAUAGUUGACGAUAACAAAUGGAUCUCUUUCUACCCUCAAUCGGUUCGAAAUUUCAGACUUUACAAUCGCAUAAUUUGGAUAAAAACGACAAUGAUAUAAAGAAAGAUGAAAUUUCCCUUCCGUAUAGUAAUUUGUUAGAAGAUUGGCUAAAAGCUUUACCUCCUACACCUUGUCAAUCACUACCACCGGUGUUUCGUGAUUUAAUAAAAAAUGAAAAAAAAAAUACACAACGUUAUCUAAGACGGAAGGAGAAAAAUGACGAGAACAAAGCCGGAACAAAAUCCAGCUUAUUUGCAAAAAAGAGAAAAAAUUUACCAACAAUUCGUGAGCAAAGCAGACAAACAAGACUAUCUCAUAUAAAUGAUUCACUUAUAACAACCUGUAUGAGCCCUAAGAAAUCCGUUAGAGACGACAAGUGUACAUCUUCCAAAAUUGAGGAUGCUAGUCGUUUUCGUGAUACAUACUUUCCCGACGAUGCGUCAACUUCCGGGUCAUCGUUGCCCGAAUAUUUAUUUAGUGAGCAAAUAUUUAAAACAAAACCUUCGUUAGCCGAUGGAAGAAGAACGGACCUAUUAAAAAUACGUCAACAAAGUACAUUAAAAACAACCCUUUGUUCUUCGGUUGACUUUGAAAGUCUUAAAGACAAUACCCUAUACGUUAGUUCAGAAGAAGUGAAUGUAUUCGCUAAAUGUCAAAAUUGGUUAGACAAUUAUACUUCUUAAAAAGUUAAUUUAUUUUCUUCCUUAUAAACUCAUUUUUCAGUGUAUUUUUACGAUUCUUAUUUUUAGUUAGC